UAUUUGUCCAAGAAUUAGAAUUUAAUGCUGCCAUAUAAUGUCACUGUUCAACUAUUAAAUCUGUUACAGUCGAAGGUUGAUGAGUGGAGCGGGGUACAAUCAGCUACUGUGACAUCCAGUGUCAUCUUUACACUAUUGCGAACGUGACUGCACGUAUAAAUUUUUGGAGUGCAUUGGUGAAUGUGGUCAGCAAUCCAAUCUUUGGCGAAGUAAUUACAUACCAUUUCGAGCAGAUCCGAUCGUCUCGCCGUUUCGGGAUUUUAAGCACCAUUUCCAAAAGUUAAAAGAAAUACGGAAAGAUGACAACUUGGCAGGGUGCACCUGGUGCAGGAUUUUAUCCAGGACAACAAGGUUUUCCUCAACAAAAUCCUGGAUAUCCACCUUACGAAGGAUAUAAUUCAGGGUAUCCACCUCCUUACGGGGCAAAUCCACCACCAGGACCAGGUUUCAUUCCUCCCCCAGGAGGCCCCCCAUUUGGACAAGUACCACCAGCUGGUCCAGCAUUUGGAACACACCCAAGCAUGUACAAUUCAAAUUAUACAGAAGAAUCCAUGCAAGAUGAAGUCAAAAGAUUUGACUUCACUGAGAAAACGAUCAGAAAUGGAUUCAUCAGGAAAGUUUACAGUAUACUAAUGUGUCAACUUCUGAUUACUGUGUCGAUGAUAGCAUUAUUCCUUUAUCACCAACCUACUAAAUUAUGGGUGGCAAACCAUAGAGAAGUAUUUUGGAUCUGUUUUGCAGCUACUUUUAUUUUGAUAAUCUGUAUGGUCUGUUGCACCAGUGUGAGGCGAAAAGCCCCCAUGAAUUUUAUAUUUUUGUUCCUAUUCACGGUAGCAGAAGGUUUUCUGCUAGCUACUGCUGCUUCUACAUAUAGCUCUGAAGAAGUACUAUUGGCCGUUGGAAUUACUGCUGCUGUUUGUUUUGCACUGACGUUAUUUGCAUUCCAAACGAAAUUUGAUUUCACUGCUUGCCAUAGUAUUUUGUUCGUGGCGUUGAUCGUGUUUGUACUUUUUGGUAUAAUUGCUAUGAUCUGGCACGGAAAAAUAAUGACUCUAGUUUAUGCAUCGAUUGGAGCUCUACUUUUCUCUGUUUACUUAGUCUACGAUACGCAAAUGAUGAUUGGUGGCAGCCACAAAUAUUCAAUUUCCCCUGAAGAAUAUAUCUUCGCGGCAUUGACUCUGUACUUGGAUGUUGUGAACAUCUUCCUUUACAUUUUAACUAUUAUUGGAGCUGCACGAGAUUAAAUGCUGUAAUAUACUAUGUUUUUGCCACUGGAUUAAUCUUGAACACAAAAUGCUUCUACUUAUUGUUACUCUGUUUUGACUCUCUUUACUUUUCACAUAGAGAGUGUAUUACAGAUCAAUAUGAAAAUGAAUUAGGCAACAUGUAGUAAGCAUUAAAUUAUAUCAAGUAAUAGCUUUUACACGUUUCUCAAAUUGAAGUCAAUACCGAAUAAAGUUUGACUUCUAGUCUCAGAAGUCAAACAGAGUAAAUCCUAUGCUUUUCUUGGAAGGCAAGCUAAGUGGUUAUUAUAGUUAAGAAUAUAAAUAAGAUUUUUAUGAAUGUGAACGCGUAAUUUACGCGUAGUUGAUUAAUUUAUCCUUGAUCAUUUUAUUUUCACUGUAAAGAAGUAUUAUUCAUGUUCAUUGAAUUUCCAUG